AUGGUCGAUUCUUACAAACUAAAGGAAUGGAUAAGCUGGCCACUGCUCAGGGCUCACGUGUGCACCGCAGCCGUAGCUGUGAGCUUCCACGCCACGUGGAGAGCUCCUCGGGAGGCGUUCAUCCAUGGAGGGCUGCAGUACGGACUUGCAGUCACUCUGUCAUUAUUGGUCGUGGCCCUACCGCUAGCAUUGCUGCAGCUAGCAGUGGGACAACUAAGCCAGCAAGAUGCCGUGGGAGUGUGGAGGGCUGUUCCUUUUUUUAGAGGUGUGGGCUACAUGCGAUUAUUCAUAUCAUUCCUUGGUUCUGUAUACUCGGUGAUAUACCUGGCUAUGACUGUGACAUACUUUCUUUACACAUUGAGUAAUUCACUACCAUUUUGGGAAUGUAUUGAGUUGGUACUGGAUCAAGAGGACUAUGUGAAUACCGUGAAUGCUUCUACCUGUCUCCAAGACACGUUCAUGGGUCCAAUAGAAGACAGACCAGAAUAUUAUCUGGCUGUGGCCCUUAUUAUUCUGGUUCUUUGGAUAGUAUUUCCUUUUAUAGUGUUUUUCAGUUUUUACAAUCCGGUAAAACUGAUGAAACGGAUAUUCUACGUAUUGGGACCGUUGGUGAUAGUGGCAUUUGUGGUGAUUAUGGCCUGUAUCAGUGAUGGGGAUAACUUGACGUCACUGGUGACGAAUUCUGACUGGACUAGUUUCCUAGAGCCUGGUAUCUGGCAUGGCGCUAUCACACAAGCACUCCUGACUGCUCAGAUCGCUGGUGGCUUUUUAAUAUCUGCUGGUGAUACCGUCUACUCCAGCACUAAUGUGCAGUGGACAUCAGUCGCGAUUGUGGGGGCGAAUAUACUUUCAACAUGGGUGGGUCUGGUCUUCUGGUACUCCAUAAGUGGUCCAGAUAGGGAUACUACCGUAUUUGCAGUGCUCGUCCAGGCAUACCAACUCGGAGAAGACCCUGACACUGACUUAGCUUGGCCACUGACCAUAUUCCUCACUUUACUUCUCUCAGGAUUGAUAACUAUGCUCUCUCUUCUAUACCCCGUGUACGACCGAUUUCGUCGCAUUGGUGGGGUCAAAUGGCGCCUGCUUUCGUUUCUGGGGUCUGUGGUCAGUGCCUUCAUCUGCCUCGCUGUACUGUGGGGUCGUCUGCCAGUCCUCAACCUGUUAGCUGAUUAUGCCGUGCCUCUCCUCAUCAGCAUCGCCACCGUGCUCGAGAUAUUGGCUUUCGUGUUCAUAUAUGGUUGGAAAGUCCUCGUGGAAGACGUUGAAUUUUUAACAGGACGAGAUUUACCGAGGGUUUGGGUGUUGGGUUGGUGUGCCGCCCCUGGUAUUAUAGCACCAUUCUCCAUUUGGUGGGUGACGAUGUGCUUCAUCCAAUACAACUCCUGGUUCGAAGCUCCCUGGCCAGUCCUCACUAUCAUUUCGACUGCAGUCCUGGCAUUACUCAUAUUCAUUUUGUUUGCCACAGUGGCCAUCGUGAAGCAGGUCCAAUAUGACUUUAUUGGGAAGUUGAAGUCAUCGUUCAAGCCAUCGCGCCACUGGGGACCGAGAGACCCGAUCACCCACUACUACUGGCUGGCCCGACGAGACGAGCUAGAGAGAGGAAACAUUCACCGCAGGAGAUACCAACGAAGGCAGUUAGGACAACUAUCCGGGAGGCCAAGCUUCCUGAAUUUGGCAAAUUCUCUCGAAGAUAAGACCGAGGCGUCAAGUAGCAUUGAGAAAAUGCGGUCAAACUCUGAUGACUGGCUGUAUACCGUCUGCAGGAAGCAGCAGUCAGCCUCAGCCAGUGGCAAGAAGAGGACCAAGUCUUUAGAUUGGACUUUCCCCAACAUGAAAGUAUCUAGUACUACAAAAUUGAAGACUUUGGAUUGCAGUAGCUUUACAAUGGAAUCGUUUCAGUCUCAAGAAAGUAAUUAUAACGUAUCCAAUAAGCCGUCCUACAACGGCAGCGCACCACUUUAUGAUAUUACAGAUAGAUUUCCUAAUGACAAAUCAAUGGAAAAGUUUUGA